GCCCUUUCCGCUGAGCGCAGGGGGAGGAGCGGCGGCAGCGUCCGCGGUGGGAGCGGAGCGGCGCGCCGGGAGCGGGGCAGGGCUCCGAGCCGGGGGAGCGAGGGAGCCCCGGCGACCCCGCCGCAGUCGCAGCCCGGCCCGGGCGGCUCCUCGUGUACCCUGCGGGGCGAAGGCGCCCCCGAGCGGCGGGGCUGAGGGCUGCCCGCACAGCGCUCUCCUCCUCCCGCGCGGGGCCGGGGCGGCGGCAGCGGCGGCCGGUUCGGGGCACAGCGCGAUGCUGCCCCCGCUCUGCCCGCGCCGCUCCGCCUGACGGGGCGCGGGGGCGGCCAUGCAGCCGGCGUUCCGUUAGCUGAGCGCAGCGCGGCUCGGGCCGGAGCUCCGCGGCCAGCCCCUCGGCGGCACCAUGAGGAACGGCGAUGACCUGGAGGGCUUCGAUGGCGAGGCGUCCAGCACCUCCAUGAUCUCGGGGGCCAGCAGUCCCUACCAGCCCACCACGGAGCCCGUCAGCCAGCGCCGCGGGCUGGGCGGCCUCCGCUGCGACCUGGACUACCUGCGGGGCACCUUCGGCAGGAUCAAGCUGGCCGAGGUGGUUUUGGCACUGAUUGCAUUCAUCUGCAUAGAGACCAUCAUGGAAUGCUCCCCUUGCGAAGGCCUUUAUUUCUUCGAGUUUGUGAGCUGUAGUGCAUUAGUGGUUACUGGAGUUCUGUUGCUUAUGUUCAGUCUAAAUCUUCACACAAGAAUACCGCAGAUCAACUGGAAUCUUACUGAUCUGGUCAACACUGGACUCAGCACUUUCUUCUUUUUCAUUGCCUCUGUAGUACUUGCUGCUUUAAACCAUAAAACUGGAGCAGAAAUUGCUGCUGUGAUAUUUGGUUUCUUGGCAAUGGCAGUGUACGCUGUGAACACAUAUUUAGCUAUUAAAAAGUGGCGAAUGAACAGCAGACAACAAAGUAGUCGGCAGACCAGUGAUUACAUACGUGCUCGGACAGAAUCCAGAGAAGUAGAUCAUCGCCCUGAGAUUCAGCGUCUGGAUGCGUGAAAGCGACAUUCGCGUGGGACUGCAAAGGGAAAAGAAGUGCUUUACUCCCUCACACAAUAAAGGGGCUUUUCUUUUUUUGGGGAAGAAAAGGAAGAUCAGAUGGUGGCAAAGAAUGCCCAGCGCUGCAUUGUGCAGAGGUGCAUUGAGUCAGAAGCUGUUGUCAUGAAGGCAGUAAAUGUUGGUCAUUCAAAAGCAAGAUCAGUUUAAGAUGUCCACAUGUAUAUAUACAUAUAUUAUAUAUUUUAUAUAAUAUAUAGUAUAUAUAUAUAUAUGUUUUGAAGUAUGUCAUUGUUUUGAAUUAACUGCAUGAUAUUUUCCUUCCGUCUCUCAAGUGCAAGCUCUGAAUAUACCUGUUCUGCCAGUGUUUCUUUGUCUGUCAUAAACACUAAGACCAGCACGGCAUUGCUUGGUUAAUAUAAGAAAGAAAUCAACCAAAAGUAAAUUUAAUACAUGCAAAAAGGAAGUGAGGGGCAAAGAGCAAUAACUUUAGCCACGUAUCGUGUCCAAGGAACUCUCUGUGUCCGUCCUCAUGCAGCCUUGGCAGCGCAGCUCAAUUCUUACCUGUAAUAUCUCCUGCGGUUUCACUGUUGGUGCACUUAAAUAGCUGAAAUGGACAAUCAUUUCACAUUUUUGAUUGAUGGAUAUAUAGUGUUGAGAUAGUUACUCUGUGGGUUACUCUGAAAUGGCCAUAUUCAGUUCAUGCAUGGCGUUGGCCAGGUCUGACCUUGUGGAAAAUGAGCAUGCUUGCUAAAUGAUCACCAUAAUGCAUCAAAUGCACGCAUGUGGUUUCUGAGAAUGUUGGGAUACAUUCUGUUUUUCAUUCUGAAAUGAGGAAUCAGCUUGGUAGGUUGGAUGGAGAAAAGGAGGUUGAAGGGGCACGAUAGAGAAGGAAGGGGCCGUGAUCCAAUAGACUUGCUUUCCAGUCAUGGCUUUGUUCUUUCUCCUGGUAUGGGUGAUGGUUUGGUUUGGUUUAAGGUUCAGCCUUUCUGAGAAGCCUUGGGUAAGCAAGAACUAGCAAAAAAUUAUGUGUUUAUAAAGUGUUGCUAUGGUUGCAAUAUUGUGAUUCGUGUAAGAUAAAUAUUUUCUGUCUUGGGGGGUUGUUUGUUUUUUCUAAAAUUAAAUCUGUUGGUAGUAGAUAACAUUGAUUUUUAUAUUUUUUUUAAAUCUAUUUUUUAAUUGGGUGUUUCUGCAUCUUUUCCCCCUAGUAUUUAUUUGAAAAAUUAGUUUAGAUAAUUGGAGGAUAAUACGACUGUACUGAUUUGUUUCGAAAUAGCUUUACCUAACUGAAGUUUUCUUAUUAUAAUUGUACUUCCACUGAAGAGGAUAUUUUCUCUACUCAAGACUUGAAUUCUGCAGUAAUCAGUUAGACCAUGUCAUAAUGUUAUUAGGAAGAUGCCCCUUGAUUUUUUGAUGGGUGAUUCAUGUAUGUAAUCUGUUAUCUGGCAUAUGCAUGCCUGCGUGUUACGUGAAGAAAAUGUGUGGGGCGGAAGAUCUCUAGAGCUGGAUUCCUUCCAGGCCUAAGCUGAUGAAGUCUUUGAAAUUAGCAGAACUGUAUGCCAUGUAUGCCUGAAUCUGUUUCACAUCUGAAUUGAACACUUUUUGCAUUAUGUUCUUACCCUUGUAGUUGUUACUCUGAAGUGGGUGAAUGCAGUUAAUUGGAGUCUUAGGAACAAACAGCAAUAUGUUGCAGUAGGUCACUGAAAUAUGAAAAGCAGGUUAUACCGAAGAGAAGAUCGAUAGAAGUGCCUGGGCUUUUUGGUACCAGAGAGGAGUGGGGUAGUGACAGAUGCGAACUGGACACGGCAAUGUUUGAAUCAAGCGGCAGAGAACUAUUUUCAUCUGUGAAAACACGGUGACAAAACUGAUGUCUUUUCAUUUUCGCUGGAGAGAGAUCAUGAAAAGCUUUUGUUCUCUUUUAGCUGGAAUGACAAACGCAGAAUGAUUCAGUUGUACUUCCCAUACAGUGCAAUACUUCAUCAUGUAGCCUAAUACACCUGAAUGACCUUGAGUGCUUUUACACGUGAAAUAAGUUUUCUUGAGCUGAGAACAGUAUGUCUUUAUUUAUUACUGACAUCAUGACUUGAGCUUAGCACAGUUUCAGGGUAGAACUCAGAGAGUAUUAAUUUAAUAAAUACUAUCUGAUACACUUUGUAAACCAGAAAAAAGAAAUGUAAAUUUGUGAUUUCCUUAGUUUGGGACCCAAGAUGAUAUUAGUAUUGUACAGUAUAUACUUUCUAAAAAUGUAAGUGAAGCAUUUAGUAGUACUCCAGGGACAUUAUUUACUGUUUGGAUUAUAUAGAAGGGAAACAAAGUAGCUGUGAGAGACAACUAAAUUUGAAACAUCGAUCUGCUACAAGCUGCAUGUGGACCGUUUGGAGUGAAUUAACCACUAGUUUCCCAUGAACUUUAACGUCCCUAAGCAAAUGUGGUAUUUAUCACCUUUGCUAUUUUGGGGAUGUGCAGGCUCAGCAAAUACUUAUCUAAUACGUGGUUUUAUUAAUGCAACCCUUCCUUAGUCCCUGUCUGUAUAUCUGUUAUUUUCAUGUCUCAUGACAACUUUGUAAAUGUUCCUACUUGUUCCUUUCUGUGAAAAACAAACAAACCUCCCAAAUCCCCCCCUAACCAGCCAACCAGAAAAAGAAAACUAGAACCAAACCACUGCAAACCAACCCAACAACCCCAAAUAAGUAAGAAUAAUGUUUUUAGGGCAUAAUUUUAAAAGCCCCAAAUGUAAUAGCAAUUCAAAUAGCGUAGAAAAUAAUACCCUCUCUUCUGCUCAGAUGAAAUACUGAACAGCUUUGUACUGUGCAUAAAUAACAGGUCUUAAUUCUGAAAUCUCUGGAGCCAAACAUCUGCAGCAGGUAUUUAGGGUAAAUAAAUAAUCCUAAUCGUGAAUUUGAGAUGCGUUAAAGGGUGCGAAGGAAAGUGGAACCCAAAUGUGACAGUUAUCCAGUACUUUCAGAAUGAUACAUGAACAAUCCACAGCUGCAGAAGGAAUGAUUGCUUUGCGCCUCCCGGCGAAGAGAGACCCCUGGAAUGAGCAGUAAGCGCGGGUGUAGGAUGGUUCCUCUGUCCUGACCCCGCGGCCAUGCUGGCUGGUGACACGGUGCGGAGAUUCUACCCCGACGGUGUUUAUGGUGCCUCUUAAAACCUGAGGUAUGUUGACAAAUCCGUGUGGUUACCAGCGAACCGCUGCUCAGCUGAAAUGCAGUGGUUGGUUCGCAGAGACCUGCAGGAUGUGGGUGUUUGCAUCCAGAGGGCUCUGCGGAUCUAGCAGAAAGUCUUCUCACCGAAAAGAACAGAGCUCUUGUGAAAUUGGGUGCUUAGUUCUUGUUGUUUACAGCAUAAAAUAAUGGGUUGUUUUGAGGGCCAACAAAGCUCAAGAAGGCUCUGCAGCUAGAGAUGUGUAUUUGAGUUUUAAUGGCAACAAAAGUAAUACUAUAAAAUGAAGCCGAAAUAGGUACGUAAAACAGUGGAAUGUUUGAAAACAGUUUGUAGAAAUUAUACCAUACUUCUCACUUUAUUUUAACAGAGGGAGAUGGUUAAAAUGCGUUGAUGCAAAUAUUCAGGAAAUCUCUGAAUGCCACUUCAGAGUUUUACUGGUGUGUUGUUUUCCUUGUUGGCCACUUGGCCACCUGGAUAGGUGUGUUCAACAGAGCCAGAGCAGUGCUGUCCAACCUCAAAGGGGUCCUUUGUUGUUUUGGUCUUAUUUUUACGUUGUCUUUUAAAAAUCUCUUUAUAAUUUAACCAUUUGUAUUCUAAAAAUAUUCUUUAAAAAAAUCUGCUUACACUGUGAUUUUUGAUAGCCUUUAGUUUAGAGUAUACAAUACAAUGUCAUUUUCUUUUGGGAUAUACAGCUUUCAAAAGUGUUCUUAUGCCCCAAAAUGUUGACUAUUUAUGAUGAAAAUGUGAUGAGAUGAAGUUGCCUAUUCAGAAUCCCGGUGCAACUCUUGUAAGCAUGCUGGAUGGAUGAGUUAGUGGAACUGCCUUUUAAUCUCUAUGGGUUAAUAAUUUUUUUUAAUAACUAGCCACAGGUAUUCCUUUUUAAAUUAUACUUGGCAAACAGAAGAUAUUUAAUUUUAUAUACAAUAUACAUAGUUACCUUGAUUGACAUAUUUAUAACAGAGCUUUGUGUUUACUAUGAAGGUUUUAUCUGUAUACCGUGGACUUAAUCGGUACAAUUUUAAAAAGCCAGUUAGUGUAUAUGGAAGGAUAUGGAAACGAUCUUCAUGAAUUCAGAAUGAGGACAUAGGAGCAUUUUAAAAAGCAAUAGCCAGAUCACACUAAUGGAGUAUCUGGGGUUUUUCUUAUUUUUUGAUUGGGGCUGGUCCCUGCAGCUGUUUUAAUAACAUCUGGAUGUGAGUAACAGAAUGAAACAUGAGCAUCUGCCUGUUCUGACUGCCACAGACUAUUGUUUAGAAUAUGGGAAAUUUCAGGGUAUUGUAUUUGUUUUGCUUUGGACAAAUGUCUCAAUAGACAUAUUUAAUUAAAACCUUCAUUUGCUUGGAAGAAAAUACCCUCUCAACUAGGCUGAUUUAUCACUUUUGGUAACCUUUUAAUCCCAGAAGCAUUAUUGUCUAAAUAUUUUUAGUAAUGUUAGAUUUAUCCUGUUGUCUACAGGUUACAGUGGUUCUGGUUAGCACCCUUUAUUACAACAAUUGCUACCUUCAUUUUUCUACUGUUUAUACUUUAGUCUUGAAUGUUUACCGGUUUCUACUCAUUGGAUAUUGAGGAGGGAGAGUGUAUCUUAGCACUACAGUUCAUCAGCUUUAAUUCAUACAUCACAGUUCUGGAGUAAGAAAAUAUUUUGAUUUAUAUAUUGUGGCCAAUUUAUUGCAUUUUCAAAUGAUUUCUAUACUUAAGACAUAACAUUUAUGACAUAAUAUAACAAAUGACUUGGCUAAUCAUUAUAUCUGUCUAGACUUACUCUCUUCUGUGUUAGUGUCAUUUUGAAACUAUUUGUAUAUGUUGAAGUUUGUAAGGGUUCGGGAACCCACAAUAAAAUAGUAAAGUAUGUAUUUAUUUCUCAAUAUAAUGCUCAAUUUUGAUUUGAAAGUUGACACUUUGUAUGUCUUUUCACAGAAUUGUAAGCAAAUACUGAAAAACUGCUUCACCUAGGGUGCCUUCCAUGUGUGGUAUAAACACUUGUCAUUCACAAAAAUAGAGAUGUAAAUUUAUUAAAGCCGUAAACACUAUUUUUGUAAUACGAGUCACUAACGCAUCUCUGGUUUCGUUGUGCUUUGUUCGCAGUAAUACCAGUUUUAUGGCUGCUGUAGUCAUUGCUUUCCCGUUGUGCACUAAACAGUAAGUCUGAUUUCAUGGUGAAUCCAAAGAUUGUCUCACUUUUGCUCUGCCUGACAGAUGGAGAUACAGCCCGUUGAUGUCAGCUGGAAGGUGCUCCAGAUUCCUGUCCUGGAGACUUGUGUUAGGAGAUGCUCAGCGUGGGAUGUCUGCAUCCUCUGGAAAUAACAGUGGGUGUAAUCUAAGCAUUCUGGUUCUAGCUCGUACUUUAUAAUGUCUGAGGAAGGAGCAUCCAGGCCUGACUGAAAGACUUGAUCCCUCGGGGAUGCAGGUCCAAUACUGUCAGAUUGUAAUUGCGAACAGCUCUGAAUAUUAGUUGAAUAGCGGGUUAGAAUUCCAUCUCGGGCUGAGCAAAGGGGAUGCAAUUUUCCUUUUAUCAUAUGAGCACAAGUCUGCUGUGUAAUACCCUUGGUAUUUUGCUUUUGAAGUAAGAAAAAAAAUGUAACAUUUUGCCAAGGAAAAUCUUACAAGUGCACUCUGUGUGCGAAUGCAGAACCUGACUCUGUUGUCCUUACUCAGGCAAAAUCCCUAUUGACUUAGGGGACUGCAGAUCAGGUACUCAUUUAUCACCAAAUCCCGAUGGCGGAUUUGGAGAACAUCACAAGCUAGCAAACGUGCACAUAGAGACAAUUCACAGCCCUGAAGCAAUUUCACGUUAUUUGGUAAGUGUUGCUGAAGUUCCCCAACCGCACACAAGGCCGGCUAAUAGAACAGGUGUGUUCUGUAGCGGUACCUGCCAGCUGUGAGCACUGGCUCCUCCAUAUCGACAGCUGGAACUCACAUGUGUACGUGUAGCAUCUCCCAGCUCUGUAUGUGAAAUUUGUGCUCUUAAUGCUUGACCAAUUUCAAAAGCAAAGUAACUCUACAAGAAAAUGUAACCUCUGACUUGUUUUUACACCAAUAUGUUGUGCGCUUCGUUUCUGUUGGGUUUUAUGCUGAACAAAAAAUGCAAGCUGAAGAAUUGUCAUGUCUUGCAAUACAGAAAGCAGUCUUGUUUUGAAAAUCCAUACUGUUAUAGCAUAGUUUAAAUUAUGUAUUUAUCAGUUUUAAAUGUCAUUUUGCUUCUCCCAUCUUUUGUAUAUGGGCACGAUAUUUUUUGUAAUUGUUUUUUAUUUAGUUGUCUUUCUGUCUCUUUUUCUUACUGAUAUUUGAAGAUUUGAGCUCUACAGAUUUUCAUGGUACUCUUCUGAUCAUGUCUUCAUAGUGUAAAAGUCUGUAUUUUUGUAUGUAGGGAAAAUGGUAGUUUUCUAACACUUAUCUUGAUCAAUAUAGUAUGGAAUCAUUUGUGAAGGACUUCCUGUUUAAUAAAUGGGCAUAUUAAAGAACUAAAA